AACUGCAGUUACACACGCCUCUGUGUCUCAGACGCGCGUCUGCGCUCCACGCGUCCAAACGAACGCGCACAACUUUACGCGCCGCGCAGCAGGACAGCUGGACACUUAAAUACCACGGACUGGAGUGCGUCUCUCUCUGUGUAAGACUCAGAUCGGAGCCAAGCGUCAUGUCUGAACCGUUUAACUGCGAGGGCUGUAAAGAGUCUCUGUAUGGCAGGAAAUACAUCCAGAUGGACGAUGUACCACACUGUAUCCCAUGUUACGACCGUCUGUAUGCUAACACCUGUCAUGAGUGCAAAGAGCUCAUCGGACACAACUCACGGGAGCUGUUUUAUGAGGACAGGCACUAUCAUGAAAACUGUUUCUGCUGCUCGCGCUGUAGACGUUCACUGGCCGACGAGCCGUUCACCUGUCAGGAAGAUGCUUUGGUGUGUAAUGACUGUUACUGCAACGAGUUUUCCUCAAAAUGUGUGGCCUGUGGCAAGACUGUGAUGCCAGGCUCUAAGCGGUUAGAGUAUGGGGGAAGUGCCUGGCAUGAGGAAUGUUUUGUUUGUUGUGGUUGUAAGGAGCCCAUCGGUGCCCAGGCCUUCAUCCCAGAUAAGGGCGACUACUACUGCAUGCCCUGCUACGAGGGACGAUUCGCCCCACGCUGCGCACACUGCAAACAGGCGUUGGUUCAGGAUGGCGUUACGUACAGAGACGAGCCCUGGCAUAAAGAGUGUUUCCUGUGUACUGGCUGUAAAGGCCAGCUCGCCGGGCAGCCCUUCACCACUCAGGGGCAAGACCCGUACUGCGUCAAAUGCUUUAGGAACCUGUACGCACAAAUAUGCGCCUCCUGCAACAAACCCAUCACAGGUUUUGGAGAAGGGAAGUACGUCUCGUUUGACGAUCGUCAGUGGCAUCAGCCGUGUUUUAAGUGUUCCAAGUGUUCACUGUCUCUGGUCGGGGCUGGAUUCUUCCCUGAUGGAAAAAAGAUUCUCUGCAAAAGCUGCAAUGCCAAAUAACUCACAACUUAUUCCUAGAUGUAUAGCAGUUGUUCAACAAACCUCUGUUUAAAGAGGCCCUAUUAUGCUUUUUGGGAUUUUACCUUUCCUUUAGUGUGUAAUACAGCUGUUUGUGCAUGUAAAAGGUCUGCAAAGUUACAAAGCACAAAGACCAUGCCAAAGGGAGUUACUCUCUCCCACAGACAACACUGCUCCUGAACUGCCUGAAAUGCCUGGUUUGCAGUCCAGACAUUACUUCCGUGACUUAGCUAUGUCACUAUGUAACACAUUUGCAUAAUGCCCGCCUAAGGGCUACUUUAAGCUGAAACUCAGUUAUGGUAAGGGGCGUUACAUUUCUGACACACGCUCUAAGCGGUUGACCAAUCACAACAGACUGGGCCAGCUGACCAAUCAGAGCAGACUGGGCUUCACGGAAAGGGGGGCUUUAAAGAGACAGGAGGUAAAUCAGAGCGUUUCAGACAGAGGGUGAAAAGAGGUGCUGCAGCAAUAUACAGUAUGAGAAAAAUAAUGUGUUUUGAACAUUAAAGCAUGUAAACCUAUUCUAGUAGACCCCCAAAAUACAAUUAUGAACCUGUAAAUGAGCAUAGUAUGGGCUCUUUAACAUAAAUACAUUUAUGAAAUGUUUGACAUGGACUAAUUUAUACAUAAAACAGAUUUACAAAUG